AGGGACGAUGGACGUGCAAGCUACGAAGAUGAUGAGCAUCCAUCUGGAGGCCCUGCUGCCUCCUACUUCCAUCGAGCUGGACAUCCAGCAGAAUAUCCUGGUGGCGGCGCUUCUGGGCGUGGGUCUGCUGUAUCAGGAAACUGUGCACGCGCAUUAUGCUCAAGUCCUGCUCAACGAAAUAGGCAAGCCGCCGGGGCCGGAGACGGAGAACUGCGUGGAGCGCGAGGGGUACGCGCUGGCGGCGGGGCUGGCGCUGGGCCUGGUGUGCGUGGGCGCCGGGGACUCCGCCCCGCCGCACCUCGCGCCCCGCCUGCGCGCCUACGUGCUCGGCGGGGACCCGCACGGUCGCGAUGGCGGUGUGGGCGU